UAGGUUUUGAGGCGAUUUGUUAGUUUGUUUUUUUACUAAAUUUUUUUAAAUUUCUAUUAUUUAUUAUAAAAACAAUUUUAUACAAUCAAAUAUGGGUCCGUGGGACUCAAAGCUACGCUGGCAACCGGGAGGAAACUUCCAACCUACUCGUCUCACGUGUGAAUUUAAUUGGAGAGAAUGUCCUUAUGCAAUAGGAAAAUAUUUUUGGUCUGAAGUUUAUACCGAUGUUGCUGAUUUUCUAUCUAGUAACAAUGAAGAUUUGUUACAGAAGGGAGCUUUUUUGUUUGCAAUUUCCAUCAUUGUCUACUCAAUAAUUUAUUGGAAAAUUCGAAGAAUGAGAGAAAAGAAAAUAAAUAAUUCCAUCAUAAAUAAAAUAGCGUUUGAUAUCCAAGAUCUUGAGCUUCGAGUCGAUAUAUUAUCAUACAAAUUACAACAUGGAACGUGGCCAUCAUUACAGCAAAUCACAAACAUUUAUGAGAUUGAAGAUAUAAAUAAAGAUAAAAUACGAUUAUCAGUUUCUGCUACAGAUAACAGUAAAUGUAAUCAAAAUUUAUGGUUGAAAAAAUUAUUUACAAAUAAUUAUUUAAAAAUUAAAUCAUCAUGUAAUUUAUUUGGAGAAUGUCCAUGUAAAGACUGUGAUUCACGGUCAUUUGAAGAUUUAAAAACUUUACCAAAAACUUUCGGAAACAUUAAUUUUGAUGAUGGCGACAAAAGUGUGAAAGAAAUGCAAAUAAUGAGUAAUAACUUUUCUCAUAAAACUGAUGAUAACAAGAAUGGACCCGAAAAAGUUGAUGUUCUGGACGAUGUAAAAGAGGACACAAAAGCUCUGAAUGAGAAUAAUAAAAACAAAGAGGAGAUUGAAAGGAGAAAUAAAAAAUUAUUAGGAGUACACGAGUCACAGAAAAAUAGUAAAAAUGUCUGUGAAAUAAAAGAAAGUGGAAAAUUCAUUCAUAAUAAUAAUGAUAACAUUAGAAUAGUAGUAGUAAAAGAAGAAGAGCAGAAAGAUGAGAAAAAAGACAUUAAAAAACCAGAGAACGAAGAACAAAAUUAUUCUAAAAAGGAUAAAAACAUGUCAAAUAAUUUAAAUUCAUCAGCAAAGUUGAAUGGGACUUUAGAAAUAGUUAAAGAAAAUUCAGCAGUAUUUUCUGCUUCAGAAAGUGUAGUUCCAGAGUUGGAAAAACAAUCUCUUAAAAAUUCUAAAGUAUUUUUUCAACCAGAAAUUAUUUUUAAUCCACCAUCAUUAAAUAACCUGCCAACAAUUGAAUCGACAUUCAAGUCUACAAAACCAAAACGAGAAAAAGCAAUAAUGAAAAGUCUCGAGGAUGUAAAAAAACGUUUAGAAAAUCUUUAUUGUGUACUACAGAUGUACGAAAACGAACAAGAAUUCAAUUUAACAGAACUGAAUGAACACAAAAAGGCUAGAAAACUUUUAGCACAAACUUUCAUUCAGGAAUUGAGUGACUUUUCAAUGAUCAGCGAAAGUGAAACUGAUAACAAAUCGAACAUAAAUUAUGAGAAAAAAUACUAUCAAAUGACCAAUCCUAUCCAUCAACUGAAUGGUUUGUUUUUUAAAACAAGACCCAGUAAAACUGAAGAAAACUAUGGAGGCUCCUCCAUUGAGGAUGAUUCAGACUCUUGUAAAAGUAAUCAGACUGAAAAACAAGAAAUUACUGAAACCUGUACAGAAGAUGAUAUAAUUGCUUUUGAUAAAGCUAGUAGAGAUAUCGAAUGUAAUUCCUUGAUGUUGGAACGACAUCUGAUGAAAGUUCAUACAGGAAAUUCAAUAAAAUCUAAUGAAAAUUUAAUGAGAAUUGAUGAACCGUUAAUAGAACUUCAAGAAGAUAAAUAUUCAGAAGAGGAAAGUAAAUUUAAUGAAUCUUAUAAGUUUUUCAUCAAUUCCAAAAGCUUAUAUCAAUCGAAUUUGUCGGAUAUUAUUUCUGAAAGUGAUCAUAUUGAAGAAACAGAUGGAACUGAUAAUCGUGAUAGGCCAAAUAUUGUUGUUAAUACCAAUAACAUUAAUUUUUAUCAUCAAGAUCAAAUAGUAAAUGAUUUAGAUGUAAAAACAAUGGAAAAUAGUCAGAAAUUAGUAGAGAAUAAAAAGAUAGAUAUUGAACAAUUGAUUGAUAUCUUUGAUUCAGAUUCAUUGAUGAAUAAAGAAGUUUCUAGAUGUUUCAAAACAGUUCCAGAUCAUUAUACAGAUGAAGUUCAAAUUGAUCAAAAUCAGAUAGAUUCUAUCAAGAAUCUAGAAGAUAUUUUUAUGAACCUAGAAAAAUUUGAUGCUUGUAGAAAUAACUUGAUAGAUCUAAAUGAUGACGAAGCAAAGAAAAAUAAAAAUCAUGAUUUGUCUAUAAAAGAUCAUCACCAUAAAAAUAAACAAUAUCUUGAUAUUGAAGAAAGUCAUCUACAAAUCACUGAUGAUAUUAAAGUUUUUGAGAAUAUUAAGAGCUUGGAUACAAAAAUUGUAAAAGUAAAAAAUAUGAAAGAAAAUCCUAUCACAGAAAACUGUAUUGGAAUAACAGGAAAGAAUUAUUUCAUUUCUGGCAAAACUUUUAUCAAAGAAAACAUUAAAAAAACAUUAGAGAAUAAUUUUGAAGAUAAAAGUUUAAUAGAAUUGAAUUCAAUCAAUAUUUCCAGCAAACAUCAAAUCUCCCAUGAUCAAUAUGAAAUAAAUAAAAUAGAUGAUAUAAGAAAAACUUUCAAAGAUAUCAAUUCUGACAAUAAUUUCGAUUCAAUAUAUGCUUUACCAAGAAAAAGUUCAGUUGAAUUGAAGGAGAAAAUGAUUUUUGAUGAAAAAAGUGAUGCAGAAAAUUCAGAAAUAAUGUUAAAUAAAUUAUUAAUUAAAAAUAAUUGUGAAAAUUUAUCAGAAAUCGAAUUUGAUGUAGGAUUAGAAAUGCAAGAACAUUCGAAGAGUGAAUGUGAAAAGAAUUCUUUAUUGAAUACUUUGUCAGAAAGUAGUAGUCUAUAUUUAACUGGCAAGGGAUCUUUUUCUGACAUUUCUAAUAAUGAGAAAAUCACAGACCUUAUUGAAUUAAACACACAUAAUAAAGAAAAUAAAAUAAUAUAUGGAUAUAACAGAAAUGAGGAACAAAAGAGUCAGAAAAAUAAAAAAAAAGAAGAUGAUGAAGAAAGAAUCACUAUUACUAGCAAAGAUUCAGCUUUCUAUGAAACUCCUCAGAGUUCAGUAAUGACUAUUAAUAAUAUUCGUGUUGGAAAUAAUGAUAAAAAUCUUGAUAUAAAUAUAUAUCAUAAUAACUUUGACUGUGAUCAGUAUUCCUUUGAAAAGGAGCUUUCCCAAAAUAAAUUGAAAUCACCAAAAAAACGAUCAAAGUUAGAGAAAGGAAGAUGUGAAAGAGCAACAGUUAAAACUGAAAAAUCUUCAAAUAUUUCUACCUCUCGAGAACCUACGAAGUUAUUAGAUGAAAGGUUAAAUCGUUUUCCAACAAAUUUAAACGUUAAAUCGAAUAAUUUUUUGAAGAAAGACAUAAAAGGAUCAAAGCAAAAACUAACAGGAGAACAUAAACGUAACGAUAAUUUACAUAAAUCAAAAAUUGCUCCACAAAAUGAUGCAAAAACUACUUUGAAAGAUUUAAAAAUAAAUAAAUUAUCACUCAAAGCAAAAAGUAAUUUAAAUCUUUUACAUGAUUUUGGACAAGAUUUAAAAAAUAAAAAGGGUCUUGAAGGACGAAGUAAAUCUUAUAUCACCCCUAGGAAAUUUGAGCCAACUUCAAAAAGUAUGUUUAACAAUUUAAUAAAUAAAAAACAUCAAAGAAAUCAUAGUUUAGCUGAUAGAACUACGGAGAAAAAUUCCGAAAACAGUAAACUGGGUUUAUGUAAGAGAAAAUCAACCAUGAGUAGCAAAUUGGAUCUUGAUUUGAAAUCUAGGUCACGAGAGUCAAUUAAUAAAUCAUGGAAAUCAAAUAUUCCUAUUUUAAAAUCACGAAUAGAACACUCGAAAGAUAAAAAUACAACUAACACUUCCCAUAAAAACUUUUCUAUCAAAGAAUCUUUACAGUUGGGUGACACAGAAAAUAUGUUAUCUUGUAUCAAAAGUAAUUUCAAUGUACAAAGCUAUGAGAACAAUUUUUCAAGUAAAAAUUGUAUUGGGCUUUGUAAAAAAUUCAAUCAAGCAUCUGCUGAAUGUAAAGAAGUGUGUUUGCAAGAGAAAAAUACACUAAUAAAAGAUUCAGAUAUAGAGAGAAAUAGUUGGGUAUCUACGUUGGGUCAAGAAAAUCAAAUAGUUUUCUGUCAACAGAAAGAGAUGCAAGUGUUAGUUAAACCUCCGGUUGUCGAGACAAGUACGUUAAUAUGGGGUUUAACUCAAUUAAUCAACAGGAAUUUCGUUCCGAGAGAUAAUGAAAUUAUGAAUGAUAAGUGUGUUAAGUUCAGGGGAGAUUCUGAUCAAAUAAUUUGUACAACUUUCAGGAGUUUCGGAGUUGUGAGGAAAUUAUACAGCAGACUCAAAAAUGGAGCAUGUUAGAGAUCUCAACAUUUGCAGGAUGUCAUAAAAGACUUGUCUCUGUCAAUUCUUGUAAUCACAGGACUCUCAAAAAUUAAUCAGUUUAUAUUUCAUAAAUUAUUUUUGUAAGAAUAAAAAAUUUUUGAAAAUUUUA